AUGAGAAAAUCACUUGCCGCUGCCUUCUCUACAAAGGCUCUGCUAGAGCAAGAAGAGAUCAUUCAGGGAUCAGUAGAUGCUUUUAUUGAAAGUAUUCGAACUCGGGUCAAGGACACCAGGGGAAUUAACAUGACCAAGUGGUUUGAGAUGCUUGCUUUUGAUAUUCUGGGGGAAAUGGCUUUUGGGGAGUCAUUUCAUUGUAUCGAAGACGGAAAGCCCCAUUUUUGGUCUGACAUGAUUGAGGAGCAUCUUUACUUCAUCACUAUACUUGAUAACCUGCGACGAUACCCAUUGAUUGCUGCAGUUGGAAAGCUUGUCCUGCCACAUCUGACAACUGGUGUUCGCAACAAACAUACCAACUACAGUAGACAAAAGGUUGCACGACGGCUCAAUAGUUCAUUUCCCCGUGCAGACUUCAUGUCACGGCUGAUUUCAAAAGUUCAAAGUCAGGAAAUGGAUAUGGAAGAGCUGACAGCGCACGCUUCAACACUUGUCAUCGCUGGAGGCGAGACGGUAGCCACCUUUCUAGCUGCCGUUACCUUCUAUUUGCUUUCAACCCCAGAGGCCUAUAAAAGACUUCGUGAUGAGAUUCGAGGCAGAUACCUUGACGUUUCGGAGAUAGAUUCGACGUCUGCAUUACAACUGCCUUAUCUUCAGGCUGUUAUAACAGAGGGGCUGCGCAUCUACCCCCCGGGUUCUCAGGGGUUUCCCCGCAUUACUCCUCCUGAGGAAGGAAUUAUGGUGAAUGGCAGCUAUGUGCCCGGGAAUACCGAAGUUUAUACGUCCGCGUGGACACUCACCCAUGACCCCCGUUACUUCCACCAGCCUUUUGAAUUUAAACCUCAGCGCUGGUUGGAUCCAGAGUGCACUGAUAAUAAAGAGGCUAGUCAGCCCUUUUCACUGGGGCCAAGAGGCUGUCUGGGGCGGAAGGCUAAUUUGAAAAUAGCUUUGCAAUGGUAG